AGAUUCGCAGCCAACAGCUGUCAGUUGGUCUUGGUUUUUCUCAGAGUAAGACAGCAAUUGAUUUGCUCCUCAGAGAGAUCGAUUUUUUUCGCGGAUUGAGAUAAUUAGACCAAUUCUGAAGGAGUUUUCGGUUAUUUAGUCAGUAAAGACAUUUAGUGACGAGGAAGAAGAAUGAUUUUCAGACUUUUUAUCUUAUUUCUUUUUCUGCACCUUGUGACAAGUGUAGAAAUAAAAAGCAUUCAGACUUACCACCAUGAACUGAAUGUUACAGCGGGACAGCAGCUGCUGAUCCAAUGUAAUUUCCAAUUGGAUGAACCCCUCGGAGGUAAUAAGAUCAAACUGGCAUGGAGUGUGAAGCCACCAGAUGAAGAUGAAUUUCAACCAAUCUAUCAGACUGAAGAUACCACACAGCUGACAGUAAAAGAUGUCAACAGAAGAGCAAAGAUGCACUUGUCAGAUGUGCACCAAGGAGAUUGCUCCCUUGUGAUUGAUCCGGUUCAUCGCGAUGAUGCCGGCACGUACGAUCUACGCAUUUCCAUAAACGGAGAGGAGUUCCCAGAAGACACAAGAGUCGAUGUUCACAUCAGGGAAAGCCGUGUACAAAUAAAAAGCAUUCAGAUCUACCACCAUGAACUGAAUGUUGAAGCGGGACAGCAGCUGCUGAUCCCAUGUUAUUUCCAAUUGAAUGAACCCCUCGGAGGUAAUAAGAUCAAACUGGAAUGGAGUAGGAAGCCACCAGGCAAAGAUGAAUUUCAACCAAUCUAUCAGUUUGAAGAUACCACACGCCUGGCAGUAAAAGAUAUCAAUAUUAGAACAAGUAUGCACUGGACAAAUGUGCGCCAAGGAGAUUGCUCCCUUGCGAUUAAUCCGGUUCAUCGCGAUGAGGCUGGCACGUACGAUCUACGCAUUGCCAUAAACGGAGAAGAGUUCCCAGCAGUUACAAGAGUCGAUGUUCACAUCAGCGAAAGCCGUGUAGCAAUAAAAAGCAUUCAGACUUUCCACCAUGAACUGAGUGUUAAAGCAGGACAGCAGCUGGUGAUCCAAUGUCGUUUCCAUUUGGAUGAACCCCUCGGAGGUAAUAAGAUCAAACUGCAAUGGAGUGUGAAGCCACCAGACGAAGAUGAAUUUCAACCAAUCUAUCAGAUUGAAGAUACCACAGUAAAAGAUAUCAACAGUAGAGCAAGGAUGAACUUGUCAGAUGUGCACCAAGGAGAUUGCUCCCUUGUGAUUGAUCCGGUUCAUCGCGAUGAUGGCGGCACGUACGAUCUACGCAUUGCCAUAAACGGAGAAGAGUUCCCAAGUGAUACAAGAGUCGAUGUUCACAUCAGGGAAAGCCGUGUAGAAAUAAAAAGCGUUCAGACCUACCAACAUGAACUGAAUGCUACAGUGGGACAGCAGCUGGUCAUCCCAUGUCAUUUCAACAUGGAUAAACCCCAUAGCAAUGAUGUGAUCCUCAUGAAAUGGAGCAUGAGGCCCAUAGGAGAAGAUAGAUUUCAACCAAUCGUUAAGGUGUAUGAUACCAAGCUCCUGCCAUUAGAACACCCCACCAGAACUGUAAGUGUGGACGUGCCACGAGUGCGCCAAGGAAUUUGCUCCCUUAAGAUAAGUCCAGUUCAUCUUAAGGAUAGCGGCACCUAUGAGGUCCACCUUGCCAUAAAUGGAGACGAGUACCCAGGCCACACAAGGUUCAAUAUUUACGUCAAGGAAAGCGAUAUGGAGACUGACCCUAAUCAGCCAAUGAAUGAUCAGUCACGGAAAGCCAGUGGAAAUGAAGAUGAGGACCUCAUGAGGAUGGCAGGAUUUCUCCAAGGGUUAAAAGACAAUUACAGCUUACAGAUCUGUGGAGGAGUUAUUCUUCUCAUAACACUAUUGAGCGUGAUACUAACAAUCUACUUUGGAUGUAGAUAUUGCCGGCUGAAGCACAAGCUAGUGGAUGAUGUAAAACAAAUGGAAGAGGGAAGACAGUGUGGGUUACCAGUGCCAACAACCUAUGUAUCUAUCCCUGAGGAGAAUUGGCACAAAGGAUCUCCCCCGGUGGAGAAUUGGCACAAAGGAUCUACCCCGGUGGAGAAUUGGCACAAAGGAUCUAACCACAUCCCUACAUCUAGCCAAGUGAAGGUGGCGGAUCCACCUCCAUUAUUGACAGCUGAAGAACGGCAAAGAGUUCUCAAGCGAGUUAGAUCAAAAAUGAGGGACUGCAUAAAAUUAAAAAUAUUGCAGGCGGAAAGUAGGGGGAUAAGUGAGGGCAGGGUAGGGGGUAAGUGA